GAGACCCCGAGACCCCCGGGGCACGAAAUCCAGUGCAAGCGGGUUAUGCCUCCGCCUUGUUGCCCUGAAAGUCGAAGUGACAGCGAAAAGGGCUAAGAUUUGGCCAUGAGCAGCGCCCCCAGGCGCCCCGCCUCGGGCGGGGAUUCCUUGCACAUGCCAGAACCAGAGAGCGUGGGCUCUGGGACACCAGGCUUCCCCCAGCAGGAGGAAGAUGAUCUUCACCGCACCCUGGGCGUAGAGCGGUUUGAGGAGAUCCUCCAGGAGGCAGGCUCCCGAGGAGGAGAUGAGCCGGGCCGCAGCUAUGGGGAGGAAGACUUCGAGUACCACCGCCAGUCCUCUCACCACAUCCACCACCCGCUGUCCACUCAUCUGCCUCCGGAUGCACGCCGCCGCAAGGCCCCUCAAGGCCCAGGACGGAAGCCUCGAAGGCGUCCUGGGGCCUCUCCCACUGGGGAGACCCCCACCAUCGAGGAGGGGGAGGAAGAUGAGGAUGAAGCCAGCGAGGCUGAGGGGGCCCGGGCACUCACACAGCCGUCCCCUGCCUCCACACCCUCUUCGGUGCAGUUCUUUCUACAAGAGGAUGAAAGUGCUGACCGAAAGGCAGAGAGGACCAGUCCAUCUCCCCCUAUGCAACUUCCUCCUCAGGAAGCAGCUCACCGGGCCACCAAAGGAGCUCAGCCUGGCGCUCUGAUGGAGGAAGUGGCAGCGGUGGCCGGUGGCACAGCCGGGGGUGAUGACGGAGGCGCUUCGGGCCGCCCCCUGACCAAAGCCCAGCCUGGCCAUCGCAGCUACAAUCUUCAGGAGAGAAGACGCAUCGGGAGCAUGACGGGAGCGGAGCAAGCGCUGCUGCCCCGGGUGCCCACAGAUGAGAGCGAAGCCCAGACGCUGGCCACGGCUGACCUUGACCUCAUGAAGAGUCACCGGUUUGAGGAUGUGCCUGGGGUGAGGCGACACUUGGUACGGAAGAAUGCCAAAGGGUCUGGGCAGAGUGCCCGGGAAGGGCGAGAGCCUGGCCCCACGCCUCGGGCCCGGCCCCGGGCCCCCCACAAACCCCACGAGGUGUUUGUGGAGCUGAAUGAGUUGUUGCUGGACAAAAACCAGGAGCCUCAGUGGCGGGAGACAGCCCGCUGGAUCAAAUUUGAGGAGGACGUGGAGGAAGAAACUGAGCGCUGGGGGAAGCCUCAUGUGGCCUCGCUGUCCUUCCGCAGCCUUCUGGAGCUUCGUAGGACCCUGGCCCAUGGGGCUGUACUCUUGGACCUGGAUCAGCAGACCUUGCCUGGGGUAGCCCACCAGGUGGUGGAGCAGAUGGUCAUCUCUGACCAGAUCAAGGCUGAGGACAGAGCCAAUGUGCUGCGCGCCCUUCUUCUGAAGCACAGCCACCCAAGUGAUGAGAAGGACUUCUCCUUCCCUCGCAACAUCUCCGCCGGCUCCCUCGGCUCCCUGCUAGGACAUCAUCAUGCCCAGGGCGCGGAGAGUGACCCCCACGUCACCGAGCCUCUCAUUGGUGGAAUUCCAGAGACGCGGCUGGAGGUGGAGCGUGAGCGUGAGCUGCCACCUUCAGCCCCACCAGCUGGCAUCACCCGCUCCAAGUCUAAGCACGAGCUGAAGCUUCUAGAGAAGAUUCCUGAGAAUGCUGAAGCCACAGUGGUCCUUGUGGGCUGUGUGGAGUUCCUCUCACAUCCCACCAUGGCCUUUGUGCGCCUGCGGGAGGCUGUGGAGCUGGACGCGGUGCUGGAGGUCCCUGUGCCCGUGCGCUUCCUCUUCCUGCUCCUGGGCCCCAGCAGCGCCAACAUGGACUACCACGAGAUUGGCCGAUCCAUCUCUACCCUCAUGUCUGACAAGCAAUUCCAUGAGGCGGCCUACCUGGCAGACGAGCGGGAUGACUUGCUGACGGCCAUCAAUGCCUUCCUGGACUGCAGCGUGGUGCUGCCGCCUUCGGAGGUGCAGGGCGAGGAGUUGCUGCGUUCUGUUGCCCACUUCCAACGCCAGAUGCUCAAGAAGCGAGAGGAGCAGGGCCGGCUGCUGCCCCCCGGCGCUGGGUUGGAGCCCAAGUCUGCGCAAGAUAAGGCGCUCCUGCAGAUGGUAGAGGCGGCAGGUGCAGUUGAAGACGAUCCCCUCCGGCGGACCGGCCGGCCCUUUGGGGGGCUGAUCCGGGACGUACGGCGCCGCUACCCCCACUACCUGAGUGACUUCCGCGAUGCGCUUGACCCUCAGUGCUUGGCGGCGGUCAUCUUCAUCUACUUCGCGGCCCUGUCGCCUGCCAUCACCUUUGGGGGAUUGCUUGGAGAGAAAACGCAGAACCUGAUAGGGGUGUCAGAGCUGAUCAUGUCUACAGCGCUCCAGGGUGUGGUCUUCUGUCUUUUGGGGGCUCAGCCGCUGCUAGUGAUUGGCUUUUCUGGGCCCCUCCUGGUUUUUGAGGAGGCCUUCUUCUCGUUCUGUAAUAGCAACCAGCUGGAGUACCUGGUGGGCCGUGUGUGGAUUGGCUUCUGGCUCGUACUCCUAGCCCUGCUCAUGGUGGCCCUAGAGGGUAGCUUCCUGGUCCGCUUCGUCUCCCGCUUCACUCAGGAGAUUUUUGCCUUCCUCAUCUCCCUCAUCUUCAUCUACGAGACCUUCUACAAGCUGAUCAAGAUCUUCCAGGAGCACCCCCUCCAUGGCUGUUCAGUCUCUAACAGCUCAGAGGCAGAUGGUGACGACAACAUGACUUGGUCCAGGGCAGCAUCCACACUGAGCCCAGGCAACGAGAGCUUGGCUGGACCGUCUGUACCCGGGAGACUCCGGGGCCAGCCCAACACAGCCCUGCUGUCACUGGUGCUUAUGGCGGGCACCUUCUUCAUUGCCUUCUUCCUUCGAAAAUUCAAGAAUAGCCGGUUCUUUCCAGGCCGGAUCCGACGGGUGAUCGGGGACUUCGGGGUACCCAUCGCAAUCCUCAUCAUGGUGCUUGUAGAUUACAGUAUCGAGGAUACCUACACCCAGAAGUUGAGUGUGCCUGACGGAUUCUCAGUGACGGCUCCUGACAAGCGGGGCUGGAUCAUCAACCCCCUGGGGGAGAAGAGCCCCUUCCCUGUGUGGAUGAUGGUGGCCAGCCUGUUGCCUGCCGUCCUGGUCUUCAUCCUGAUCUUCAUGGAGACGCAGAUCACCACGCUGAUCAUCUCCAAGAAGGAGCGCAUGCUGCAGAAGGGCUCCGGCUUCCAUCUGGACCUGCUGCUCAUCGUGGCCAUGGGCGGCAUCUGUGCCCUCUUCGGCCUGCCGUGGUUGGCUGCAGCCACCGUCCGCUCUGUCACCCAUGCCAACGCACUUACCGUCAUGAGCAAAGCUGUGGCACCUGGGGACAAGCCUAAGAUUCAGGAGGUCAAGGAGCAGCGGGUGACAGGGCUGCUGGUGGCUCUGCUCGUUGGCCUUUCCAUGGUCAUCGGGGAUCUGCUCCGACAAAUCCCUCUCGCUGUGCUUUUUGGGAUUUUCCUGUACAUGGGAGUCACUUCCCUCAAUGGGAUCCAAUUCUACGAGCGGCUGCAUCUGCUGCUCAUGCCGCCCAAACACCACCCAGAUGUCACCUAUGUCAAAAAGGUUCGGACCCUGCGGAUGCACCUGUUCACCGCCCUGCAGCUUCUCUGCCUGGCCCUGCUCUGGGCAGUCAUGUCCACAGCUGCCUCCCUGGCCUUCCCCUUCAUCCUCAUCCUCACGGUGCCUCUACGAAUGGUGGUGCUCACCCGCAUCUUCACUGAACGAGAGAUGAAAUGUCUGGAUGCUAAUGAGGCGGAGCCCGUGUUUGAUGAGCGCGAGGGUGUGGACGAGUACAACGAGAUGCCCAUGCCUGUGUAGCUGCUGCCUGGAGGACAGCAGCGGGACUCGCAGAGGGACUGUCGGGCGGAGGGAACGGGGGCUGGCGGGAUGGUGUGUCUCCCUCCUCCUCCUCAUUUUUAUUUAAGUGAUUAAUAAUUUAAAGUCCUCUUCUCCCCACUCCUUCAGUAAAGUGCUUCAGCCCC